AUGAUUGAUUACUCCCCACCAUUGGAUGCUAAGUCAUGGAAAGGAGUUCAAUUGGAUGACCCUGCUCGUCGGGUAUUUCGGACUGAACAAAAAGCCACGGCGGUUUACGUUAGGCCGUCGUUGAAGGAUCCUGAGCGUCGUAGUGAUGUGUUUGUCAGCGUCUUAGCAGAUCCUGGGGUCCCUACCUGGUUGGUACCCAAUUCUCUGGUAAAGUGGAUACUACGUCUCGGCGCACGAGGUUUUGUCGAUAAGGUUAUGUCAGUAAUGACCGGCUGCACUGAUGAUCCAACGCAUCGUUACGCUGUACGAGUAGCUGAGAGAUAUGAGGAACUGUACUGGAAGUAUGCCUAUUACGGUUUCUAUCCACCAGAGGCUGUAGUGUCCAGGAAGGCUCGAGAGCAUCUGUUCAUGAAAAGGCAUAUUAAAAGCAUAU